AUGAACAUGGAGUUGGAAGAUGGCGCAGCCAGCGAUCCAAAGUAUAAACAGUUCAACGAUGAACUGAAUACGGUGUUGGUGGCAUUUGCAAAGUCAGCUGAAUGGGCAGACUUGGUAAAGUGGCUAGGUAAGCUAAGCAAGCUGUUUGAGAAGUAUCCAAAGUCAAACUGUAUACAACCAAAGCUACUGCUCUCCAAGCGCAUGUCACAAUGUCUCAAUCCCUCAUUACCCAGUGGCUGUCACAGUCAGACUCUAGACACCUACGCAUUGAUCUUUAGUCGAAUAGGUAAAGAGAAGCUGUCAACAGACAUAUCAAUAUACGCUACGGGCUUGUUCCCGUUGUUUAGAUUCGCAAGCACUGAUGUGAGAUACAAGGUGUUGUCAUUGUAUGAGAAGCAUUUGUUACCGAUGGGUCAUAAGCUACAUUCUUGUCUCAAUGGUGUAGUCUCUUCAUUGCUGCCAGGAUUGGAUGAGGGCACUGGAGAGAUGUACGAAGCGGUCAAGAAGCUACUCGAAGCGUUUUGUCGCGAGACCUCCACGCCAAUGUUCUAUCACGCCCUCUGGAAGACCCUUGUCACCACACCCAACAACAGACAGGCUGGUAUCGAGUACCUCCUUACACAUCUUCCCAAGAACUUUGAUGAUCUCUCUCUUCGAGCUAUAUAUUUACCAGAGAAGGACACUUUGGUGGCUCAGGCCAUGUAUGAAUCAUUGUCUGACACAUCAGUGUUGGUCAGAAGGAGUAUGUUGGAGUUGAUCACUGGAUUCUUCCCAAUCUCAAUCAAGAUAUUCUCGGACAGUGCACUGGAGAACAUUAUCAAGGCUGCAGUCAGGGUGGUCACCUACAAGGAUGCUUCACUCAACAAGCGUCUCAACUCAUGGCUGCUUGGCAAUGACAAGGAGGCUCAUCAAGCCUACUUCAUCAAGUAUGGCAGACAGCCAACGAUCAAUGCAUUCAGGCAACUAUUGAUCAAUCUCUUGAAUACGAAUGAGACAGCGCAACAACAACAACAACAACUACAACAGCAGCAACAGCAACAACAACAGAGCACACAACAGGCACAGAACAAGGAGAUAGUGUCACCAUUGAUCAUUCUCACAUUCCUCUUCCAGAAGGAUGAGUUCCAGGUUAUUAUGGACGGCAUCAUUGUGGAUAUAUUGCGAUGCCUGCACAAGUUCAAGGAAGGCUACAGUUUCUCCAAGGACGUGGUUAGGUACGCAGACGAGGUGUUUGCUCUUGCCGAUCAGACACUGAUCUGGAACUUCUUGAACGAGAUGUUGGCCUUUAACAACGUCAAGUCGGUGCUGGCCGAGGCGACAGAGCGUCUGAAGCUGGUCGAGAGCUUCUUGGACGUCAUGCCGCUGUCGGUCGAGGAGGUGCAGACACAGUACCUGCCCGCCAUGCUGUUGGCCAUCGUGCGUGCUAUGAAGAACAUCAUUCGCCCGCGUGACAACCAACUGAUCAUUGCCUACACACAUCUCUGUCUACGCGUCAUUGGAAAGAUCAUCGUGGAGAUGACGCCCGCAGUCCAGACGUCGAUUGUUGAGUCGAUCGAGGCGUUCCGUGAGUACUUUGUGCUGCUGUGCGAUUACCUGCGUGACAGUCUCUCGCAGCUCAACAUGCCACCGCCCCAGCAGGUGCAGUUCUCAAUCUCGGGUGGCAGCCACUUGGUGGCGUCCAACGCCAUCAACUUCACCUGCUCGCCCAGCAGCAACAUCUUUAUCAUUCUGGACCAUUCGCUCCAGGUCCUGGGCGGUCUGUUCCACCAGUUCAAACCAUCGUCGCCUGCGCCUGCCGCGCUCGAAACCUCAAUGCCCAACUGGUUCUUCCCAAUCUACAACUUUUGUCUGUCGGACAACCCGUUCAUCUGCUGCCUCGCGAUCAAGGCCAUCAUCAGCAUGACCAACAACAAGGCCGAGACAAGCCUCAGCAAGAGCUUCAGGAAGAUCAUCACGGACAGCCACUACACUGCGCUCGCCAAGAAGCUUUGGUCACUGCUCGAGCCCCAGAACUGCGCGGUGCACUACCAGGUAGCCAACCUCUACCUCUCACUUCGCGAGAUGAAUGAGUACGCCUGCUCCAGUGUCAUCUCAGAGGCAAUGCUAGAGACUGACAUCAACAAGCGUGUGGAGGGCUAUCAGAAGUUUGCCCUGUUCUGGCGUCUGACUGGCGAGCUUGGCAACACGACGCUGCCAUUCUCCAACACGCUGUUCCUGAUGCUGGACUCGUUGCACGACGACCAGCCCAUCAUCCGUUUGACAGGCCAUACAUGGCUCGCCGACAGCAUUGGCAAGGCUGAGCGCAUUCUCGACCCACUGCUACGCAUUCUGUUGGACAAGUCGACAAUACGCACCAAUCACAUUUAUCACUCAAUCUAUGAUGCGCGACGUGUGAUAUACGCCUUCAAGAUACUCAAGUCGAUCAUUGAGUGCGACUUUAAACUGUUCAUCCAGCACGUCAUUGAGAAACCCAUCUCCAAGGACAUUGUGACGUUGAACACAUCGCAAAGCGUUGAUGCAGGUAGUGCCGGCCAGAAGUCGCCUGCUACAGAAGCUCCCGCCACAAACAGACAGCCAGAGACCGCACCAUACAUGUUUGUCAAUGGCAGUAGCACAGUUGAUGCGUCAUCGGCACAGAACAAGCAGAGCGGCGAGGCCGCGUCCGACUUCUCAUACAUGCCCGCCAACUCAUAUAUUGACUUGCUCGUUGUGGUCGCGCUCCGCUUCAUGCAGGGCAGCGUGCCGCCCUCUAUCGACCAGUCGACACCCGAUGGACAGUCAAUCGUCUCGCAGAAUGGCGUGGUCCAGAUCUGCGCCGCCGAGUUCCUGCAGUAUCUGCUGGUGCAGACGACCCUGCAGCCAGUCAAGGCUCUCGAGGUGGCCAACAACAUUCAGGAGCCCAUUCUCCAGAACUUGGCUCAAGCCGUGUCAACCAACAACAUGGUGCUACAGGUGCAUCUUUUAGCACUGUUGCGUUCAAUUGUUUCGAUUGAUUGCUCGGGAGGAAGUGGCGGUAGCAACAACGUCACACAAGACUCACUGGCAGCCACUGGCAACACUUCACCGACAUCCAUCACCAAGUCUGUGCUCUUCUUGCACACCACUAUUCUUGGCCUAACACAAUCAUCGGCUCGCUUCAACAUUCGCUUCUACUGGCUGGACUUUAUCAAUUUCUGUUUACCCAGAAUGGCCACUUCGACAGAGCUGACCACCGUGGCACCCACCAUCAUGAACUGUCUGCGCGAGCUCGUUGGCUCGUUCGACACACGCUCCCUCUACGACAGUCUGACAUCCAGGGACAUCAUUGUGUUGCUCAAGAGCAUCGCUUUUAUCUUUAAGAUGUCUGUGAUCGAGCCACUCACACCUUUCCAGGUCAGCGUCGAGGAGACGCAGAGCAGUUCAAGGGGUGGCGUGCGUCUGCUCACCGACUUUGUUAAGGACGUGUUCACCAGCGAGAUGGACCCAUCCACAGCGCUCACACCCAUUGGCAAGCUGAAGGGCGAGCUGCUGGACGACCUGCCCAACAUCAUCACACCACUUAUCAAGCUUUGGGGUAGUCCCAAGUCGGCCCAGUCCAAGAUAUCCAUGUCAACGGAUGUCUCCUCCGACACGCACAACAAGUACGCGAUACAGGAUCUCAUCAUUCACAUCUUUGACCCACUCAUGACCAAGUAUCCGAUGCAGUUCAUCAGCUCCAUCAUUGAGGUGUGGCAAAAGUCCGACUUGUUGGGUGGCGACGCCACGACACGCAAGGUUAUCAUUGAGAUCCUGAGCAGCAUGGAGUCGGUGCGCGAAGAGACCGUGUUCAAAUCGUGCUCACAGAUCUUGGCCGGCCUGCACGCACAGGAGCGCGCUCACAGGAACAUCUCCAAGAGCGUACUGCACAAGAUCGCCCUAAAGGAGUCGGCCCUCUACGACUUUGUCUACAAGUACAUCGAUGAAGCCAGCAUCUACUCGGAGGGCGCCAUGCUCAACUCGUUCCAGGCCUUCACCAGGGAGUCCCUCUCAUCGUUGAACCCAAUGACCUAUGUGUCACAGCUUCAGAUUCUCAAUCUAUACAUCCGCAAGUUCUGCUCGGACGACAAGGUCAAGGGUGGUCCGGCUUCCACCACAGUCAAGGCCAAUAGCAGCCGUGUCAACAAGAAGGACCUGCAAGACUUGGUGCCCAAGAUUGUUGAGGCCUGUUUUGUUAUCAGUGGCAAGUCAUUCAACGAUGUCUCUGCGCUCUAUGUUGCCCCAGGUAGCAGUCUAGCGGACAACUCGAUGCGUACUCAGCCGGCCGACCUCGCUGCCUCCCUGCCAGCCUCGUUGCUUCAGACGCCUCCCUCGGCCUACACCUAUGCCGGCACCACCAUCGGUGAGGAGGCAUCAAACUCCAAUGCCCCCGCAAACUCUGCCUCAGCUUCUACCAGCAACAAUGCCCAGCGUCAAGGCGGUCGAACCACAGACGAGCAUGACUCUGGAAGUUACCUCAAGAAGGAAUCACUACUCCGAUCACAAGUGGGUCUCAAGUCACUGUCGCAACUCUCAUCCACCUUGGCCUCACUGUUGGACACCAUCUUUGACGACAAAGAGAAGGUGGCCACACUCUUGGCCAACUCACUGCACAACGUAGUACCAUAUCUAAAGUCCAAAGGUGAACAUCAUCGUGAGAACACAUGCUAUGCUGCCACACUCUUUGCAUCACUUGCAGAGUAUCCCUACAACAUAAAGUCGAUUCGAAAGGACACACUGGAGCUCUUCUUUGACAAUGACUUUUUCAAACUGGACAUCAAGUCACUGGAGCAAGCUGGAAAGUUCAUCAAUCAGAUAAUGAUCCACGACAAGACUGCCUUCUCGGAUUUUAUAAAACUGCUAAGCAAGUCAUGGACACCACCAUCGGCAUUGACAUUCAAUAAGGAGACAGAAUCAAUUAAUCGUGCCAGACAUUUGAAGCGACUGUCAUUCAUUCUAUGGUCGGGAGCAGAGAACCAACACCUGUCAAUACUACCAUUGGUGCUCGAGAAGAUUGUCGAAUCUCUUCGCAUACCAAAUGCCAUCUUGCUUCAUCUCCAAGUGUUCCAGUGUCUUCGUGUGCUACUCGUUAGAAUAUCACAUGAGAACCUUCGUCCAUUCUGGCCAGUCAUCCUUACAGAAAUGAUUGAUAUCCUUUCCCAUGCAGAGUUCUGUGAGCUUGUGUUGGCUGCCUGUAAAUUCCUUGAUCUCGCCCUUACUCUACCAUCCAUCACUGAACAGUUCAGUCUAUUUGAAUGGGUGUUCAUCAAGGACUGUUUCUUGAAACAUCAGGCCGCACCAUUCCAUCCAUACGUAGAUAGUAUCUCUCAGAACCCAGUGGAGUUUAAUGAAGACAUGGAUAUGCCAUUCGUCACACUCACAUCCUCUGGAGAGGUGGUUUCAAAGGACCCACAUCAACUGUUGCGACCAUGUAUCUUGAUCAGGACGAUUGGCGAACUGCCAAACGGAUAUCAAGAGUUCAAGGCAUUCCUUUCCAAGUUCUCUCUGUCGGUCUACAAGCGCCACCUCGACUCCAACGCUGUGGACUAUCUAUUCAUCAAUGAGCAGCUGAUAUACGACUUUUGUGAGUUGGAGCUCACCAAGGUGGAGCUCUCCAAGCUGAACCAGUCUGGCGAUUCUGACGCUACACCACCAAACUCAGUGGACAAUCCGUCUGAUACAUCCUCAGCGGCCAACAACGAUGCACAUCAUUGGAUGAGGAUAAGUCAUCCGGUCAAUGGAUCCUCAAACAAGGCAGCCAACUUCCUUGAGCGACCACGAUUGGGUAACUCUGAUGAACUACAUCAUGAGGAUUCACAUCGUGGUGGAACAUCUCCAAGGAGUUAG